AUUGAAAAUUCAGCUCUAUACUGCCAUCUACACAAAAUGUAGAAGACGUCUUUAACAGAUGUAUUAGGUUACAAUAGGAUAAAUUAAUUUGAUUUUCAACUAUUCUUCUCCCGAAAAAUUGUAAGAUCAAAUAUCCUACUUAUCAAGGCUUGCCUAAUCGACAUUCCAUUUUUAAUGCUACUAUUUUCCUACUUUCGUUGUGAUUCUUAAUAUCGAGCAAUGCACGAAAAAAAAUAUUUGGACAGUUUACCAGAGGAAAUUCUCCUCUAUCUCCUAUCCUACUUGAAAAAGAAAGAUUUGUGCAAUAUGUCUCUUGUUAAUUGGCGAUUUAACAGUCUCUGUUUUGAUGGGUCUUUAUGGGAGUGUGUGAGCUUGUCUCCAAGAAUUUCAGACGAAACUGCCUUGAAGCUUUCAAAAAAAUUCCAAAAUGUUAAAUGUUUAGAACUAUCUAAUGCAGGACAAAUUUUAGGUUUUAUAAAGAACUGCUCAUGUAUUACAAAUAUCUCGUUAACGUUUUGUGAACAACUUCAAUCAAGUAUCAUGCAGAGUAUUGUGAAAGCAUGGCCAAAACUUAGGCAGAUGAAUAUUGAAGGCUGUAAAGAAGUUUGUGUAUCAACCUGUCAGCAUAUUGGAAGUUUGUCAUAUUUAAAAUCUUUAAACAUGAGGGGUUGUGAAUGGGUAACUGAGGAGAGUAUGAUUAAUAUGUGCCGAAAAUUAAAAGACCUUCAAUCGCUAGAUGUAAAUGGGAUACCAUGGCUACAGAAUAAUUUUAUAGAAGAUGUUUUCCAUACGCAUGGAAAAUCGCUUCAGUAUCUAUCCAUAGAUGGAUCCGAGGUUACUGAUGAACCAUUUCAAAGACUUCCUAUGAUAAAAAUGCUGCAACAGUUACAUAUAUCUUUUUGCGAAAAUGUUACAGACAAUUUAUUAAUAUAUAUAUCUGAUACUGCUUCAUUAAGAAACCUUUCUUUAAGGAAAGGAAGAAACUUUACGGAGAUUGGCCUUAACAAAUUUUUAAAUUCUCUUGUUGUAAAACAACUUGUCGAGUUAGAUCUGUCGGAAUGUGUCUAUGUGACGGAUAAAACUAUUUGCCAUCUAGUUGAAACAAAUAAUUCCACGUUAAAACGACUAAUUCUAAAGUGGUGCUGGAAUAUCACCGAAGAAGGCUUAAGCAAGAUUGUAGACAAAUCUGCUAGUUUAGAGAAGCUAGAACUGACUGGGGUUGAUCAGCCUUCGGGUGCAUGUUUAGUAAAUAUUCCUCUGAAAAUGAAGAAUCUUUGCUUUUUAGAUUUAGCCUGCUGCAGUGGAAUAGAUGACAAAGUAAUCGAGAGGAUUCUCUUAUUUAUGCCCAACUUAAUUGUGCUUGAUUAUUAUGGAGUAGAGUUUCGUCUUGAAAAUGUAUCUCGUGAUUGAAUUCUACUAUGAAAUAUACUUUGUAUAGUAUUUAUUUUAUAAAUAAAGAAAUGAAUAUUACAAUUUAUAUGUUUAAACUACUC